AUGUCAAGCCGCCUGAUGAAGUUGCCCGCUGAGCUCAGAGUCCGCAUCUACGAGUACACAUUCGGCGACAGCGUGCCGGAUGAGGUCGGAGUCUAUGUCGGGAGCGAAGCCGAUGACGCAGGAGGGGAAAGCGCAGCAUUGGAGGAGAGCGCGGUGUCGGAUCAGAGCAUCAUGCUUGGCAAGAAAGAACCUCGCCAGAUCGACCUGCUCAAAGCCAAGGACCAUUACCCACAGACUAGCCUUCUGGUUACUUGCAAGCUGAUCUACAAGGAAGCUGGGCCGGUUUUCGAGGCUGCCGCGAAGGUGUUCUGGGAUAUCGAUGUGUUCAACAUCAACUUGGCUGAACAAGGUCAUUACCUCGCCGAGUCCAUAGGCGACUUCCUGGAACAGAUGGGAAUCAUCGGGGCAAAACUCCGGAGCAUGUCUGUGCUGAGGAAGCAUGGCCUCAAAGGCUUUCGAUGUUCAUGGCCCAGUGUUUGCUUCACGAUGCGCGCCGACGAGGAUGGAGUUCCCUUCGUGCUGCAUUCUGGCAGCACAGCGAGAACUUUACCAUACAAAGCUGCUUGGUACGCCCGUUCAUUGUUCGUGUGCUUAAGGAGAGAGUCUCCUGAAUGUGGCUUACUGCACAUCCUCGAGCUCUUCACGUCACUACCCCCGGGUACUCUGAUCGAAGGAUAG